CGCUGCCCGCGCCCUUGUCCGCCGGGAAUCCGGGAGGCUGUGCCGCUCCCGAGGAGGACUGGCGGCCGUUGACGCCGCAGAGAUCCUGGUGCCCCGCCGCCGGGAUGAAAGCUGGAACCGGGAGGGGGCUGGCGGAAUAGACGCUCCGUUCUCUGCGCUUCUCUCCGGCUGAGCCAGCAGGGAAGAGGCUGAGGUCCGCCGCAUUGUGCGAGCCUGCAUGGGCACGGCGCGGGGGUGCGGCCGUGGGGCUCCCCCGAGCCUCCCGCCUGCCGCCGCCGCCGCAUCGCCCCCUCCCCGGCGCUGCUUGUAGCCGAAAGCCGCCAAGCUGAUCCAUGAGGGAUGCUUUUGUGUGCGACUGCGGGCAGAGCAGCGGCUAACGGCGGAGAUAGCGGCAGCUGGAGCCGCGACUGCGGGGCAGGUCACCCGCAGAUCUCCUGGCGAGAGAGGCCGGGCGCGAUGCUGAAUUAGGCGGCCGGAGCCUUUGCAAGCGUCAGGGCCAAGCUCGGCAGCCCGCAGCCGGCCUCGGUGCCAGCGGAGCUGGGAGGGCGCGCAGGCAGCUGCCCAUGGCGAGUAGCCGGAGCAUCGAGCUGGAGCACUUCGAGGAGCGGGACAAGAGGCAGCAGCGCACCGGGCCGCGCCGCGCCGGUACCGGCGGUGGCGGCGGCGCUGGGCCGCGGGGUAACGGGCUGAUCCCCAGCCCGGCGCACAGCGCCCACUGCAGCCUCUACCGGACGCGGACUCUGCAGGCGCUCAGCUCGGAGAAGAAAGCCCGGAAAGCACGCUUCUACCGCAACGGCGACAGGUAUUUCAAGGGCUUGGUGUAUGCCAUCUCCACCGACCGCUUCCGCUCCUUCGAUGCCCUCCUGGUUGAGCUCACCCGGUCCCUGUCGGACAACGUGAACUUGCCCCAGGGUGUCCGUACUAUCUACACCAUCGAUGGCAGCAAGAAGCUCACCAGCCUGGAUGAGGUGCUGGAAGGUGAAAGUUAUGUCUGUGCAUCCAAUGAGCCCUACCGCAAGGUUGACUACACCAAGAACGUCAAUCCCAACUGGUGUGUGAACAUAAGGACUGGGACCAGUCGCUCCUUGCCAUCUUUGACAUCCACCAAGAGUGAGGUGAAGGAGAGUAAAGAUUUCAUUAAACCCAAACUAGUGACUGUUAUUAGGAGUGGAGUCAAACCGCGGAAGGCUGUGAGGAUCCUGCUGAACAAGAAGACUGCUCACUCCUUUGAGCAGGUCCUGACUGACAUCACAGAAGCCAUUAAGUUAGAUUCGGGUGUAGUCAAGAGGCUUUGUACCCUGGAUGGAAAGCAGGUGACAUGCCUGCAGGACUUCUUUGGAGAUGAUGAUGUCUUCAUUGCAUGUGGACCUGAGAAAUACCGCUACGCUCAGGAUGACUUCAUCUUGGAUCACAGUGAAUGCCGUGUUAUGAAGUCUUCUUACUCCCGAGCAUCUGGCAUGAGGCAUGCCGGAUCCAAGAGCCCAGGACCCUCACGCCGCAGCAAAUCCCCUGCCUCAGUAAAGAGGGGUGGCCACUACUCCAGUGCUCAUUCUUCAGCAAAAUCCCCAGUUAAUGGAACCCCAAGCAGUCAAUUAUCCACUCCAAAAUCUACAAAGUCCUCCAGUUCUUCACCCACAAGCCCAGGCAGCUUUCGUGGACUCAAGAUCCCUCCACAUGGUGGAUCUUCCUCCAGUGUGAAUGGUGCACCUGAAUUGCUCCAGUGCCAGAGUCCCGAAGGUGUGAAUGGAAACAAGUGCUCAGGGUCAUCUACCAUUCUUGAGAAGUACAAAGUGGGGAAGGUGAUUGGAGAUGGCAAUUUUGCUGUUGUUAAGGAGUGCAUAGAACGGUCCACAGGGAAGGAGUUUGCACUGAAGAUCAUCGACAAGAAUAAAUGCUGCGGCAAGGAGCACCUGAUUGAAAACGAAGUCUCUAUACUGCGCCGAGUGAAGCACCCCAACAUCAUUAUGCUCAUAGAGGAAAUGGACACCCCAGCUGAACUCUACCUGGUGAUGGAGCUGGUCAAGGGAGGAGAUCUGUUCGAUGCUAUCACUUCUUCUACCAAAUACACAGAGCGAGAUGGGAGUGCAAUGGUCUACAACCUAGCCAGUGCUCUCAAAUACCUUCAUGGUCUCAACAUUGUGCACAGAGACAUCAAGCCAGAAAACCUCCUGGUAUGUGAAUACUCAGAUGGAACCAAGUCUUUGAAGCUAGGAGACUUCGGACUGGCGACUGUGGUUGAAGGACCACUUUAUACUGUCUGUGGAACCCCCACAUAUGUGGCUCCAGAAAUCAUCGCUGAGACAGGCUAUGGCUUGAAGGUGGAUAUUUGGGCUGCAGGAGUGAUCACAUACAUACUGCUAUGUGGAUUCCCUCCUUUUCGCAGUGAAAACAACCUUCAGGAAGACCUCUUUGAUCAGAUACUUGUUGGGAAGCUGGAGUUUCCUUCUCCCUACUGGGAUAACAUCACUGACUCAGCAAAGGAGCUAAUUAGCCUGAUGUUACAUGUGAAUGCUGAAGCGCGCUAUACAGCAGCACAGAUCCUAAGCCAUCCCUGGGUGUCAGAUGAUGCUUCUCAGGAGAAUAAUAUGCAAGCUGAAGUAACAGGUAAACUGAAGCAGCACUUUAAUAACACCCUACCCAAGCAAAAUAACACAUCUGCUGGGGUUUCUGUCAUCAUGAACACAGCUCUAGAUAAAGAGAGUCAGAUUUUCUGCAGCAAGCGCUGUCAGGACUCCGGGAGAGCUGGAGCGGAGAAAGCUUCUGCAAUGGCUGCUGCAGCUGAUGAUCAUUGUGUGACUGGAUCCAAGACUCUCUUCCCUGCUGCUUCUGAGCCACUCUGAUCCCCCACCUUCCUUGCCUCAGCAUCUCCAGUUUGCUGAGUAUCAGCCUGGUGCUUAGGACUGAGGAAAGCAAACUCAGCUGAAACUCCCUGCACUCUGGCCAGCAUUUCUCUGAACUCCACAGGACAGUUUGGGUUCCCCAAAGCAGGCUCUGCCACAGCAGAUGUUCCAACAGUGAACAACCUGCGUGCUGAGUGCUCUUCACCCUCCUCUUGAGAACAGCAGUGGGGGGGAAGGGCCUGGCAAUGCUGGAUGAUGUUUAAGUUCUCUGUGUUCACUUAACUGCAUUUCACACAGCCUUGAGCUCCACACAGACUAACCGUAUUGGUGUGAGUGGUGAACCGAAGCACAGGUCCCUGGCCUCACCUCUCCAAGCAGGUCCAGUUCUGUUCUGUUCUGCCAAUGAGGAUUCUCAGAAAAGCAGGAGAGAAAGACAAGAGAAGGACUUGGAUUCACCUCCUGUUCAAAUGCCUCUAUUUUUAACCAAGUUUAUACUAAACUUGAAGAAGCAAAUUUUCACAAGCAGUUUUUUAGUGGACUAACUGUAAAGCACCAUGAGACAAACACGGAGGCAGAGGGGAGGAUGGUUGGCUUUGCACAGAGUUCAUUACCUGACCUGCAGGCCACAGGGUAGCGUUUAGAUGAUAGGGAUUUAAAUGCAGUGACUGGGGAUGCAAAGGUGAGCACUGGACAUGUAUUUGUGAUGAAGACUGGAGAGCCAAGGAAGGCUUUUCUGUCCUAGCUGUUUCUCACCCUAACCACAAGUGUCACAUUCACACCUUUCUCCAGGGGCAGACUACCUAUUAGAGAAGAUCAAAUGACUUUGGGCUUGUGAACAGAAAGCCUGCUGCAUGUUCUCUCAGCUAGGAUGAACGGAGCAGUUGUUAGUUCUAGGGUGAGCAACUCAAACAGCUGCAUUCAACAGCCAUCAGGUUUGUCAGUGCUAUCCCCUGUUCACCUGGUGCAGGCACUGGAAACAAGGAUUGGGGAGCAUCCAUCCUUAAUCUGCAGUCACAAGAUAGAUGAGGUUUUAUCUUUCAUAAGGCUUAGUUCACUAGAGUAUGUAUUCAGCUGCUUCUUUUUCUUUGCUCCUUCUUACCAAUUGGUCAUAGCUCAUUUUCUCUCUUAGCUCUACUUUCUACUAGAACUGUAAAAGACCUGCAAUAAACUUUCUUCAUUAAAAAAACAAA